GCGACAACCAAAAAAGCGGUCGAAACCCUAAAAUCCCAAAAUUCUCUGCAGCGAAGAACCUUUUACAUCUUUACUCAUCUUCCACAAACCCUAAUCUUCUUCGAUAACUUCUGUGCUGUUCCGUAAAUCUUCCUGGUUUGUUUUUGCCUAAUAUGAAGAGAAGCCGAUCAGAUAAAAAAGCUCUGUUUAUCUUCGAAUUUUAUCAAUGGAUCGGAAGAAAUCGAGUGCGUGGUGUGGAGACGAAGAUCAUCCCUUGGUCUCGUCGUUUAUGGGAGGUGAAAAGUCUAAGAAUAAAUCAUCUGUGAUAGAAGAAGAGGGAUACAUUGGUCUGGAGCUAUGUAAAAAGCCUAUGCAGCUUGAGGAGAAUCAUGAAUCUUCUGAAUGCAAUUCAGAGGAGAUUGAUUUUUCUGGGGAAAGUAAGAUGAAAUCGAAGAAUAGGGGAUCUGUUGGCUCUACUCUUCUUGAUGUUGAAGAUUACAAGGAGGAAGCUAAUGACGUCACAAAGAGUGAGGAGAUUGGAGAAACCUCAAAGAGUAAGAAAAAGAAGAAGAAUAAGAGUGGAAGGAGUGCACAUGAAGAAGAGGAUUUGGACAAGAUUCUUGCAGAACUUGGGAUAACUCCUGUUGAAGCCCAGCCUGAGACAGUUACACCUGCAGAUGUUGCUGUUGAGAAGGAUGGAGAAGAAGAAACUGUUGAGUCGGCUGCGGCGAAGAAAAGGAGAAAGAAGAAGGAGAAGAAAGCAGCUACUUCUUCUGUGGAGGCUAAGGAAGACAAUCAAGAGAACUCAAUAUCUGAGACAUCACAGCCCAAGAAGAAGGAUGCAAAGGGUAAAGUAGCGGAGAAGAAAGUUCCUAAACAUGUCCAAGAGAUCCAAGAGAUUAUUGCACGGCGGAAAGAAGCUGAAGAGAGGAAGAGGAAGGAAGAAGAAGAGAAACUGAGGAAAGAAGAAGAGGAGCGCCGUAUACAGGAAGAGCAAGAAAGGAUAGCUGAGGAGAUCAGACAGAGGAGAAAGAUAAGGGAUAAGGAGAAACUGCAGAGGAAGAAGCAAGAGGGUGGGAUUCUAACAGAAAAGCAAAAGAGGGAUGAGGCUUUCAAGAACAAGGCUUUGAAUGAAGCUGAAAGUCUUCUUGUUGCAGAUAAAAACGGUGAUCCCACAAAGCGUCCCAUUUAUGCCAACAAAAGAAAACCAGCUCCCGAAAAGGCAAUAGGUUCUGCUUCUGUCCAGGUAAAAGAUGAUGUAGAAACAAAGGAAAAGCAUGCAGAUGAACCAGCUACUUUGCAUGAAAUUGGUUCAGCUGAUGAUGGAAGGAUUGAUAGAAUAGAAAUCGUAGGCACGGAAGAGAAACAGGCAGCUGCUGAUAUCGCAGAGGAGAAUGGUGAUGAGAAAGAUGAUUGGGAAGCAAGAAUCGGAGAUAGUGAUUAUGAUGAUGAGGAAGAAUCUCAGCCUGUGGUUAAGGAAGAAUUAAAAGACACUGUAUCAAAAGCACAUCAUUCAGAUCCUCCCACUGAUAGACCAACAGUAAAGGUUGGAGUUCCAGGCAAGCCAACAACACUUGCCAAAAACUCUGUGUGUAAGGUGGAUGAUGCUGCUCCGCCAAAAGAUGCUUCUAAAGAUUCAGUAGUGAAUGGAGUUACUAAAGAAAGAGAAGAAAAUCUUCGCUCUCCCAUUUGCUGCAUCAUGGUCAUGUUGAUAGUGGUAAAACAAAGCUGUUGGACUGCCUCAGAGGAACAAAUGUUCAGGGAGGCGAAGCUGGAGGUGCCAGGUCUAUUGGUUAUUGAUACACCUGGGCAUGAGUCAUUCACAAAUUUAAGGUCGAGGGGCUCAAAUUUGUGUGACCUUGCGAUUCUAGUGGUUGACAUAAAAGAUGGUCUACAGCCACAAACCAUAGAAUCUCUGAAUCUUUUGAGGAGGAGGAAUACAGAGUUCAUUGUUGCCUUGAAUAAGGUUGAUAGGCUAUGUGGGUGGAAAACAUGCAAGAAUGCUCCUAUAAGGAAGGCAAUGGAGCAGCAAUCGAGAGAUGUGAUUAAUGAAUUUAACACGUCGGUCACUGCGGUUAUAACUCAGUUCAAAGAACAAGGACUCAACACUGAACUUUAUUACAAAAACAGAGAAAUGGGAGAAACUUUCAGUAUUGUACCUACGAGCGCUAUUAGUGGGGAAGGGAGUCCAGAUCUGUUGCUGCUGUUGGUUAAAUGGGCUCAGAAAACUAUGGUCGAGAAACUCACAUAUGUUGACAAAGUGCAGUGUACCGUCCUUGAAGUGAAAGUUAUUGAAGGCCAUGGUACGACAAUUGAUGUUGUUUUGGUCAAUGGUGUACUCCACGAAGGUGAUCAAAUCGUUGUUUGUGGGUCACAGGCAAGUAGAAACGGACCAGUUGUAACAACUAUUAGAUCAUUAUUGACUCCUACUCCAAUGAAGGAGCUACGGGUGAAGGGUACAUAUCUGCAUCAUAGAGAAGUAAAGGCUGCGCAAUGUAUCAAGAUUACUGCAAAGGGCCUUGAACACGCCGUUGCUGGUACUUCUUUGCAUGUGAUUGGACCUGAUGAGGACGUGGAAGAAGCCAAGAAAACGGUUGGAACUCCCAUCUGCAUUCUCAAAGAGAUUGAGAAACGAAGAGUGUUUAUGGAUAUUGGUAGCAUUGCAUCUAUUGUGAACAACAAGCAGCCAGUUGAUUAUGCAAAGAAAGGCGAGAAUGUGGCGAUUAAGAUCAUUGCCUCUAACCCUGGAGAACAGAAAAUGUUUGGGAGGCACUUUGGUAUGGACGACGAGCUUGUUAGUCAUAUCUCUAGGCGAUCCAUCGACAUACUCGAAGCAAACUACCGGGAUGAGUUAUCUGAGGACGAGUGGGAGCUUGUUUCGAAACUUAAAGAAGUGUUCGAGAUACUAUAAGAUUAUUUUCCAUUUUCAUCGUGAAGCUAAACACAGAGAGAUAGACUGAAGAUUUGAGAGGAGGAUUAUAAUCCGUUUCCUUCUCUCUUGUAAUCUGCUCUGUGAUUUAUUAUUGGUUUUGAUAUUAUAGACAUUUCUUUGAACGCCCCUAAACUUUUUAUGCGAUAAAAUAACCCCAACGGUGUUUUCCU